GCAAGUAACUAACUGGAAAGGAAUUUGGUAAAUUUCUGAAUUUGCAGUAUGUUUUUUCUUGAGCUUGGAAUGCUUCAAGCUAAUUAAUUAAAUUCUGUUUGGUGUUAUCCAGGAAGAAAUAGAUCCACAAAAAUGGAACCUCAGGAGCCUGAACAGAACAUCACUCACAUGGAGGCUUCGCUAUAUAAUGCAGCAGCAGAAGGCAACAUUGAAGUAUUCAAUAAUAAACAGGGGCUUCAACUUGAGUCGCUAAAGACCCCAAACCAAGACAACGUGCUCCAUGUUAACUUGGCAACCGAGGAGACUGUCAAAUUCUCAAUAAUCAAAAUCUUCUCCGUAGGAUUUGUACCAGCCUAUCCGUUUUUGAAUUUAUUCGUUACUAUGAUAAAAAGAGAAAAAAAAUCAGAUUUUAUCGAACAAAUUCUCAGCAAGUGUCCGUCACUGCUAUUCCAAACAAAUGCUAAAGGUCAAACUCCUUUGCACGUUGCAGCAAGGUACGGACAUUCUGCUAUUGUGAAACUUCUAAUCAAGUCUUGCGCAAAAGCUAUAGAUGGAGAUUUAGAGCUGGGAAUGGAUCAAGUAAGUGCAGUGAGGGAGAUGCUGAGGAUUACGGAUCAGGAAUCCAACACGGCUUUACAUGAAGCAGCAGGGUGUGGCAAUGUUGAAGUGGUGAAAGCAUUGUUGGAGUUUGAAGUCCCUGAUUUUCCGUAUUCUGCCAAUAAAAAACAGGAGACUCCACUUUAUAUUGCAGCUAAGAGAGGAGACGGCGGCGUGCUGAGUGUAAUAUUAGAUAAAUCAAAAUCAGCAGCUCAUGGCGGCCCCCACGGUAGAACAGCUUUGCAUGCAGCAGCUAUGGCUGGAGAUGCAGAGGCAAUAAGGGUAAUAUUAAAGAAGAAGGGGAAUUUGACAAAGGAAAGAGAUGAAGAUGGACGCACCCCUCUUCAUUAUGCUGCACACUUAGGUCGUAGAAUCUCAGUUGUGGAAGAACUGUUAAAAAGGGAUGUAUCAGCUGCCUAUAUAGGUGAUAAAAAGAGGGGGAUGACACCCCUUCUUAUGGCAGCCAGACAAGGUUAUCUUGGAACAGUUUCAAAGAUUCUCUCUUUAUGUCCAGAUAGUUGUGAAAAAGUGGACAACGAAGGUUUGACCUUACUUCAUUAUCUGGCUUUUAGAGGUUCUUCCUAUCCAUUAAAGCUUUCUCUUUUCAAGCGUGGUGGUAUUGAGAUUGUGUAUGGAUCACUCAGAAAUCUAAUGAAGUUGGAAGGUGCUUUUGGAAUGACACCUCAAGAAGUUUUUGUUGAAGUUGGUCAGCAUGAAGCCAACACUCGAUUCCAUACAGGCCAUGAAGACCAAGCAAAGCUGGAACAGAUGCAAGGGCUGCUGAUGCAAGCUCAUUUUGUUCAUUUUGUUAUAUUUAGUUGAUGAAAUGAGUGUUAGUUCAUUUCUAACUAAGUUAGCUUUCUGAUUGAUGUAAUUAGCUUAUGUAUGAGCUGUAAACACACUUUUGUAUAAGUUUACAAGCUAAGAUUUCAAGUUUCUAUGUAAUUAGUGGAGGUAGGUAAUUUCUUGUUGAUUUUGACAAGCCUUAUGCUUGUGUUAUGUACUGGCUUCAAGCCAUUGUUUUAUGCAUGAAUCAAAUCAGUUUUUGUUUA